AUGGCGAAAGCCAGUCUGAGCCGUCUAUUCUCGUCGCUAUCAAAGCACUCUAUUUCCAAACCGUCUUUCACUGGUUUCAGAUCAGAUUCGGUGACUCGUUUUGCUUCCAACUCGGCGACUCACUUUGUAUGCUCCUCCGCUCAGCAAUCUCAGUUGAACCAUGGAGGAAAGGUCGACGAGGAAGAUGGGAAAGCUGUGAGAGGGAAUCUUGAAUCGAAGAAUAAAGAAGAAAGUGAAGGCGUAGAUGAAGAAGAUCAUGUGAAUAAAGAGACGGGGGAGGUUGGUGGUCCUAAAGGCCCGGAGCCCACUCGGUACGGUGAUUGGGAACGCAACGGUCGUUGCUACGACUUCUGA